AUGGCCACGGAGGUGCGUCUUGUGAGAGAAGGUGUUUCUUUGUAUGAAGAUGAUCGUCUUUUGGACAAAGGAAAGCUAAUUAUUAAAGAGAGCUCAGUUGAUUGGGAAGGGGAAAAUCGUCAGUUCUCCUUAGAAUACCAAAAUAUUUGCCUCCAUGCCGUCAGUAGCACUCCAUAUGGUGGUGAUGAAAAUGCUAAGUUUCCUCAUCCACACGUCUAUCUCAUGGUUGAGGGGGAUCGAGUUUGGUCAAAUGGCGAGACCAUUCCACCAAAUGGUGAUACAGGCAUGGAGAUUGAUAAUGGGGAAAGUAGUGAUGACGAGCAAGGUGACUACCCACAGGAUGAUAAUCCCCCAACAUACAGUCUCCGUUUUUUACCAACUGACGAGCAUGAUCUACAGCCAAUCUACGAUGCUAUUGCCGAAUGUCAGGCCCUGAAUCCAGAUCCUGAUGACAUGUCGGACGGGGACUUUGAAGAUGUUGCGGAAGAGAAUGAAAAUGGUGUUGAGGAAAACGGGUUAGAUCAAUUUGAUCCCGACGAUUUUGCAUAUGAUUAA